AUGGGUCGGUUCUUUCUUGUUGCAUGUUUUUCCUACUAUAUUUGCCUAGCUGUAGCCCCGGAACUUUGCUUUAGCUGUACCUUACCAUCCUUGUGCGAUGUCAGCAUUGAUAAACUAAACUAUCUACAGUCCUCAGGCAUUGUCACAAGCGUUGAUCUAGUCAAAGUGUACACACAGCGUACGAGCGAAGUCAACGAUCGGUUGCGUGCAGUCACGGAGAUCAACCCGGAUGCUCUAGUGAUUGCGAAAGUACGAGACGCCGAGCGCGCUCAUGGCUUUGUUCGUGGCCCGCUUCACGGCAUACCCAUUCUUCUCAAAGACAACAUUGCGACGACCGAUUCCCAGAACACUUCUGCAGGUUCGUUUGCGCUCCAGGGCGCCCAACCAAAGUAUGAAGCCAUCGUCGUCAAAAAGCUUCGCGCAGCUGGUGCUGUCAUCCUUGGCAAAGCGACCAUGGGAGAAUGGGCUCAAUUCAGAUCAGCUUUCGGAAGCUCUUCUCAUGGAUGGAGCGCGCUUCAUGGGCAGACUUUAGGAGCGUAUCAUACGCAGCAAGACCCGCAUGGAAGCUCAAGCGGUAGCGCAGUAGCUGUAUCUGUGGGACUCGCUACCCUUUCACUUGCUACAGAGACUAGUGGCAGCAUUGUGAACCCUGCCGAGAAGAACAAUCUUGUGGGCAUCAAACCAACCAUGGGCCUCACAUCGCGCGACAUGGUUAUCCCAAUAACUCUCCGACAGGAUUCUGUUGGACCCAUUGCCCAAACAGUCAAAGAUGCUGCUUAUAUGCUCGCGGCAAUCUCUGGCAAAGAUAAGCAUGACAAUUGGACGCUGGCGCAACCUUUCGAUGUAGUACCGGAUUAUGCAAAAGCUUGCAAUUUCAACGCUUUGAACGGCACUCGGUUAGGGGUACCUCGAAACGGGAUUGCACCCUUUCUAGACGAAACAACAAAGCCCAUCAUGGAUGCAUUCGAAAGAGCACUACGUAUCAUGCAAAAUGCUGGCGCCACCGUUAAGGAUAGUACCAAUUUUGCGAGCUUUGACAAGCGAAAAUGGGAUUUAAAUGGUGAGAUAGUGAUGGAUACGGACUUCGCUUCUGGCUUGCAAGGCUACCUAUCGAAGUUGAAGACAAAUCCUAAUAAUUUGCAUUCCCUGCAGGAUCUGGUUCAUUUCACCAGAAAUCACCCUCUAGAGGGCUUACCAGACCGCGAUAUGCAUGCGUGGGAGAGAUCUUUAAAGCGGCAAGUUGAUAGCAAUUCGGAUGAAUCUAGAGCUGCAUUCCAGGCAAAUCUCGACAUGGCAGAGGAUGAAGGUAUCAUUGGAGUGCUCAACCGCCACAAUCUCGACGCUCUGGUGAUGCCAACAUUCACGGCAUUUCACCUCACAUCCAUUGCAGGGCUGCCAAUAAUCACGGUACCCUUGGGGUUCUAUCCAAAGGAUACGCCGGUGAAGAUGAACUUGAAAGGCAACCUGAUCAGCGUUGGACCAGGUAUCCCAUUUGGCUUGUCAUUCAUAGGUCGUAAAUGGAGCGAAGAGACCCUGAUAUCUCUAGCCCAUGCUUUUGAGCAAAAGACCAUGGUGCGAAAGCAGCAAGAGCCACUGAUUAAGCCCUCCUAUGAGCUUGGAAGCCAGAUCAGGGAUGUUGCACGGCCAUCUCCAAGCAAUCUUGCAAUAGGAGCGAUGAGCGUCAAAAUGGAGUACAGGCGUCCUUUCAUGGAGAGAUUGAAGGCUCAAUUCGUCUCCUUGUCGUACGCUCUCAUGACAGCGGGUGACCUGCCGGGUAAUCCUCAAUCCACCGCUCAAGUAAGGCAGCCAUCACAAGCACUGUCAGGUGCUGCGCAAGCUUUUCGGCUCGCAAAAACGUCUUCGAACGACAUCAAUGCCGCCAAAAUCCAGGGAAAAGGAGCCAUAUAUGCCGCUUCAUCUGCCGGUGCAGCUGGAGUAAGGCACCCUUGGAAUGCCAAUGGCCUGACCAUAGCUGUAUCCGGCUCAACCGGUAUACACCAGAGACCCCUUCCCUCCAAGCACAACAGCUUCCAAGCCGAUAGAAGCAAACUUGACGAAACGAUUCUGCCAUCAGAUACACUUCGGACACCUUCGCCAUCACACAUGGCGGCUCAAAUAGCAGCCUCACGCGCCAUACCCUCAGCUGGCCCCAAAGUUCCACCACACGUAAUAAAUGACCGAUCGCAAGAGGGGAAGAGUAGAUUAGAGAACAAACUUGACGAGACUUCCGUCCCAGCCACGAAGUCUUUGGUCCAGCUCUACGAGAGGAAGCAAGAUGCCGACGUUCACCGGCCUGUCAUUCAAUCUGUUCGCUAUGCAAAGCCUCCCACGACUAUGGCUAGUCCUAUGCCGGUGAGGCCUUCCGCAAGACCUAUGUCAUCUGCAGAUGUUCUAUCGGCAUCGCUACCCAAGGCGUUGGCUCGGUCGACUUCGGCUUCGAUAUCGACCACACAUAAUACAACAAGCUCAGGAGCUGUGGCAGUAUCACUUGCAAAAAAACAGCCAGCUCCAAAGCCUCCACCUCCUCGCAGAAGUCAGCGGACAUUGAGUGAUGCAACAGAUGAAGGUGCUGUCGUUUCAAGAGAGCGCAGCGUCCAGCCCAUACAAACUCAAAGGCCUAAACCGGAUCCCCCAAGUACACUCAGGAGGCACAAAACAACGACUACUCUACCUACUCUCCCAACGGCAAUUCGACAGACUAGCCCAGCAUCUCCUCCCAUCAAACCUCUACCAAGAUCUACCUCGCAGUCCACGCUCCCACCAAAACCCAGCCCACCCCUCAGCCGCCUCUCAACAGAAACCCACCUCUCCCCUACUUCCACCAACUCCUACACACCCACCCUCACAGUCUCCUCCCUCGCAAACGCGAUGGUGGCCUCCUCCUUGGCUUCCUCCCGCGCCACCUCCCCGAGCAAGUCCCCCCUCCCAACCCCACCACCGCGGCGAAAAGCAAGCAAGUCCUCUCUCUUCCACCUCCACCACAGCAACCCAAGCAACAACUCUCUAAUCUCCCGCACACCCUCACCCACAAAACCCGCCGGACUAGCACGAACCACAAUGCGCUCUGAGCCCGCCAAAGCUCCAAAACAAGCCGAAUUCGCCGGCCAUCUGGUGCGCAAACCCCACCACCACCACGAAGGCGACCGGAAACGCUACCGCACCGAACUCACCGAGCGCGAACGCAAGCGCUACGAGGGCGUGUGGGCUGCGAAUCGCGGCCUGCUCCUCCCGCCACCGAGUAGUAAUAUCGAGGCGCUCAAUGGCGAAGUCAUCAAUUUGGUGGUGAGGGAUAUUUGGCGGAGGAGCAAAUUACCGGAUGUGGUGCUUGAAGAGGUGUGGGAGUUGGUAAAUUUGAGAGGAGGGCGGAGUCUGAGUAGGGAGGAGUUUGUGGUGGGCUUGUGGCUGAUUGAUCAGAAGCUUAAGGGGAACAAGUUACCUACGAAGGUAUCGGACAGUGUGUGGGGAAGCGUCAGGAGGUUGGAGGGGCUGAAGAUGCCAAAGCAGAGACGGUGA